UGAUUUCGCGCUUUGGUCGUAGUUUGACGAUAGGAACAAAGUUUGUGACAGAGAAUUUAAUCCAAAAAGAGCUGCGAAUAUUCUAAAACGUAAAAUGAAACGUAACGAGUUAAAUACUAAUCGGAAUAAACCGAUAGGUGCAAAAAUAUGGGUACAAACCAAACUGCCGUUUGUACCAGUAGGUACGUUUGAAGGAGCAGCCGAAGCCACACGCGAAAUGCAUAAGUAUGGGAAUGAAUCGUGCAAUGAUGUUGAGAAUCUACAAAACCAUCAAGAGCAAGACCAAGUUGAUGGCGAUUCGGCCGACGACACAUCCAACAAGUUGUGGCCGGAGGAUUUACAUUUAAUAUUACCAUCAGAAACAGAAACGGCAUCAGAUCACGAAUUGGAAGGUAUAACUAAUAACCCAGCUACAUGUCAGGAACAGGACCAAACGGAAGUCAUAACACAAAGUCCAGUCAAACAAGAAGCUAUUAGUAUUGGUGAUGAUAAUUGGCCAUAUGGAAGUGUAAUAUUACCAUCAGAAACAGAAACGGCAUCAGAUCACGAAUUGGAAGGUAUAACUAAUAACCCAGCUACAUGUCAGGAACAGGACCAAACGGAAGUCAUAACACAAAGUCCAGUCAAACAAGAAGCUAUUAGUAUUGGUGAUUAUAAUUGGCCAUAUGGAAGUGUAAUAUUACCAUCAGAAACAGAAACGGCAUCAGAUCACGAAUUGGAAGGUAUAACUAAUAACCCAGCUACAUGUCAGGAACAGGAACAAACGGAAGUCAUAACACAAAGUCCAGUCAAACAAGAAGCUAUUAGUAUUGGUGAUGAUAAUUGGCCAUAUGGAAGUGUAAUAUUACCAUCAGAAACAGAAACGGCAUCAGAUCACGAAUUGGAAGGUAUAACUAAUAACCCAGCUACAUGUCAGGAACAGGAACAAGUUGAUGAGACGGAAGUCAUAACACAAAGUCCAGUCAAACAAGAAGCUAUUAGUAUUGGUGAUGAUAAUUGGCCAUAUGGAAGUGUGACAGAAGUAAUAAAAUCCUUGUUUUCUGUAAAAAAGGAUUCAUGUAAACGUGUAAAAAGAAGGGGUCCUUGUAUUAAAUUUUUUUAUUUCUAUGAUGAUCCACAGCAAUCAUAUUAUGGCACCUGGAGCAAACGAAGUAGUAUAAUAAGCCCAAGGCAACCGUUUGCAAAAGAUUUAGAAGUUUGCGAUUAUAGGUAUGAGUUUGGUUACGAGUGGAAAGAGAAGGCUUUGAGGAAAAACGAAGAAGAAUUGCAAUACGAAGACGACGCCAUCACUAUUGAAGCUCAGAAUAUUGCAGAAGAUCCAAAAAUAGGCCAGAACAGCAAGAAAAUGAAAGGUGGAAUUUUGGGAUGCUUUUGGGCUGUCGAAAAUGGUAACAAGCCAGAUGGAUGUCCACAAGAAAUUUGGGACGAAUUCAAUAAGAAUGCCAUGUUAUAAAAAAAAUAAUCUUUUAACAAAUAUUAUUGUCAAAUGUAGACCUUUAGCAGACUGUGAACAAUCAUUUAUUAAGUCUACAAGUUGAUUUUAACCUAGAAGUUAAAUAACUUAUAUGGAUGCUUGGUAUUACUUUUAUUAUAAACCAGCUGUCAUAUUUUUCAUUUUCA